GAGUGUUUCAUCCUUCACGGUAUUGCAUAUACCAACAACAGUUACAAAAAAUUCAAACUUGGGAAAUCCUCAAUGUCAUGACCACAGAGUAAAAGCGCAAGCUGCAUUAAUAGCCUUUGAGGUAGGGACUGAUUCAAAAUUUUUGCCUAAUCUCUGCGAAGCUCGACGUACUUAA